AUGAGAACUCUUGGAUUGAUAGGCAGGGAUUCGGAGCACUGGAAGGUUUCACGCCCUGCGUUCGGACGAAGGGUCCCCGAAACUCUCGAUGAGCAGUGCCGUGCAACCUCACCUCACCGCACCACGGCACGAGAGCUAUGUGCCUUUCUGCUGGAAAAAGCCAAUCCUACCAUCUCCAUCGCCAUCGCCAUCGCCAUCGCCAUCGCCAUCGCCAUCGCCAUCGCCAUCGCCAUCGCUUCCCUCGACAGUGAUGGGCAGGUUCGUGGCGAGCGCUGGCGUGAGGUCGGCGACGCAGAGGAGCUCCAGCUGCAAGUCGCCUGGGCGGGUGUGAGCCGUAAGGUAUCCACACUGUGUACCUUGUGAAGCUUCACCUCACCUCUCCUGCCACCACCAACGACAUGUCGCCAAGGCACGAGUGAACCUACCUCAGCAUAACCAUAACCUAGACGCGACCGCCAGCAACUCAUCGUGGGGCACGCGGGCAAGCAGCACCAUGUUCAUGGCCAGCCUCUUCUCCGGUACGUCAUAUCUCUCGUCUCACCCAUCGCUGCUUCCGUGGGAAAUGCCAUCCAGCGCUUCACGGGCAAGAGCUGGAGAGAUUCGGCAUGCCGACCCGGCCACGCCCUACACGCGGCGCCCCGGAUCAGAUCUCCCGGCCACUCACGUCUCCAUCAUCCGGCGCCUGCGGUCGUGGAGUUGAGAUACAUCCAUCAUACACAUAGAUGUUGACCUAGGAAAACGCCCUCGGCCACUCUGUUCAACCCUCAAAUCUCGACAAGCCAUGAACGGGAGCGUGCCAUCUGCUUCCCAUGGCCCCUUCCAGAUUGGCCAGGACAGCCUGGUUUGCCGGAACGACGAGAAAGAAGGAGCGCCACAAGCAAGAUCUGGGCAAGAGAGAGCAUCCUGCUGUUCCAAACUCUACCUCAGUCGCUAAUCUGAAUUGUCCUUCAAGGCGCUGGCCUCCCCAACAACACUGAUCCAAGCGUUGAGAGGGACCCUCCUCCCGAACCCACACCCGUCACCUUCCCAAGCCCCGAAGCAUACACUACAUCACCAUGGGAUGCCGACACUCCGCCGCCGAGGCUGCAACCUCUAUUCGCCAGGAUAUUGAAACCGUCAGACAUCUCUGCCCGACAUCUGCAGGCAAUGAACAUCCAGAUCGCGACCGAAUGCCCUCCAGACGAUCUAUUGCCGCUGGCACCGGAUGGUAGCUCAUAUCUGCCUCCUUUGACCCCGGAUCAAGCCAUCAAUGCAGCCUCAUAUGCAGAAGCCACCAAGGUUGAUGCACUGCAGGCCAAGAAGCGCAAGGAAUUCGACGAGCGCUUGGCCGAACUACGAGUAGAUAACGAUACGGGUUACCGUGUCAUCACCCGCACCACCAAACCGGACACCAAGCCUCCGCGACUGGCCUACCUGCGAAAGUUCUGGGAAGGCUUGGAGAGCAUGGCGCAGUAUUGGGACACCAGUAUGGAUCACUAUUACGAAAGUUUCGGCCCCCCGCCAGCUAGCGAUGCAGGCGGCGACGGAGAGAAGGGGGCGAAGCGACAGCGGCUGGACUCGCUCCAGUCAAAGCAAGUGACGGUGCCUAUACUGGGCUUGCAAACAGAGAGCUCCAACGGCCGCGUGAAGAGCGAUCCCACCAACCCUCCUCUGGAUCAGUCCCUGAAGAUUGCCAGUCAGACACCACUCCCCAGUGUAGACGAGCAAUCCGAUCGGUCAGAGGACGAUGAAUGUGCGGUCAUGUCGACAAGCGCAACUCCCGAGCCGCAAGUACGCUUGAGGUACAAAGGACGCCGCAGAGGAUCCGGUCGAGACAUGCCAGAUCAAUUUCGUAACGAUGCCGUGCGACAUUUCGUCGAAGGCGCAGUGUGGCCGUUCAGGGGUGCCGUUUCCCCGCCGCGCACCAUGCCUAUCGUGCAAAUGAAUAAACUGAACCUGCCUGUACGCCAGACCGCUGCAGUGUAUCGACAGCCCGAUGAUCGAGCGAAAUCCAGAGCGGGCAUUCUGGCAGGACCGGCAUUUUGCAUUCAGGUGCGACCGGAGACGGACUUUCAUUCGUCGAGCUUGAGCAAAGCGCAGACCGAGAUGAAAACGAGGCUGGAUCUGAUGCGCGAGCUGGGAUGCCUAUUGCAGUGCGCUGAGGAGCGGAUGAGGCAAGGGAAGACGGAAAUCCAGCCUGGAAAGGGCAAAUGGUGGACCACCACGCCAAGAUGGGGAGGUGGCCCGGGCGGAGAAGUUGAGAAUCAGCAAGGGAAUAGCGAUUCGGAGGUGAAAGAUGUUCUGCAAAUGGCGGAGGAACUAGUCAGCGGCCGAGCAGCCGCCAAGCCGCGGAAGAAGAAGACUCCUGCCAUGCUCUGGAAGGAACUGAAGUGUGGCAGUAAAGUGUGGGAUCCCAGGACGGAAUAUGAGGCCAUCGGGAAGGACCCGAUCUCAGACUAUGAUGAGGUGAGUAACAUUCCCGGCCAUGAUCUCUUCACGUCAGCUGCUAAGAAUUCUCCCAGGUCUUCAUGGUAUCGUCACUGAACCACCACAUCUCCAUCCUCAAACUCACACUGCACACGGCGUACACGGAAUACAUCCGCACCGAAGAGCUGCCCCAUCCCUUACCCGCCGAUCCCGACUGGUCCAUGCCGAAACUUCAGCGAACGCAAUGGUACAACCUCUUCGACGUCGAUGAACGCGUCCAGGCUUUCCGUGCAGUGUGGGGCGUCACGGCCUACCUGAUGCGGGAGAUACAUAGUCCGAACUCCACUUCGACUGAACAGGCCAAGUCUGCUUCCUAG